UAGAAACAAAGAAUCAUCAUCAUUAUUAUGUUUCAAAAUGACGCGGUUAAAAAUAUUCGUUAGUUGAGAGGUUGGUAACACGGUAAUACGGGAGACACACCAAUCACUAAACUUGUUGAGGUUAAACGACAUACAAUAUCAAAAAACACGAUUUAAUUAAUAACGUAUAUAAUGAAAUAAUAAAUUAUCAAAUGUCCGAAGAUACUUUAUCUUUAAUUUAUCUUAAUGUGGAAUAAAUUAAUACGAAACGUUAUCAUUAUUAGAAAAAUGUCGAAACAAGGAGGCAAGAAAUCUAAAAAAUCUUCGAACGUCGUUGUUGAUGUAAAUAAUACGAUAACCGGACCUGUAACUUUUAGUAAAGAUGGAAGUAUAUUAAUUAAAAUUCAAGCUAAACCUGGUGCUAAAAAUAAUGGUAUAACAGAUAUUUCAGAAGAAGCUGUAGGUGUUGCAAUAUCUGCACCUCCCGUACAAGGCGAAGCAAAUAUUGAACUCGUCAAAUAUUUAGCAUCCGUAUUAGGUUUAAAAAAAUCAGAUGUAACAUUAGAUCGUGGAUCGAAAGGUAGACAAAAAGUAAUCACUGCGACUGGAAUUACAGUGGAUCAAGCAUUGGAAAGAUUUAGAAAAGAAAUGGGUAUAUCAUGGAUGUUAACUGGUGAGCUGAUUUGACGAGGAAACGAAGAGGGAAGAAAAGGGGGGGGAAGAGUAGAGUCGGGAAACG